GCAACCGAAAAAUGGAGAAGAAACAAGGCUUCUUCUCUGCUCUCAAGGACGAGGUGGUUCGGGGUCUCAGCCCCUCGCGGUCGCGGGCCAGCAGCCCGGCUCGGUCCGGGUCGCCCAUGACGGGUCUGCUCCGGAGGAAGAAGCAGAACCAUCACGGAAAUGGGCACGGCGUCCAGCUGGUAGGGCAGCCGGACGCGUUGAUUGGGAGAUCGGGGAGCCUGAGGCCGGUGAUGGAGGGUCCGGAUCCGGACGGAGGGGAACUUGGGGAUUCGAAGCGGGUCGGGUCGGGCUUGGGCCAGUGGAUGCGAGGGCAGCUGUCGCGGACUCCCUCCAUGAGCUCCGUCGCGCAUAACAACAGCAAGAGGUCUGAUCUGAGACUGCUGCUUGGAGUCAUGGGUGCUCCUCUCGCCCCCCUCCACGUCAGUACCACCGACCCUUUCCCCCAUCUCAGUAUCAAGGACACUCCCAUCGAAACUUCCUCUGCCCAGUACAUACUGCAACAGUACACAGCGGCAUCUGGUGGGCAGAAGCUGCAGAACUCGAUAAAAAAUGCUUAUGCCAUGGGAAAGGUUAGGAUGGUUGCUUCUGAGUUUGAAACGGCAACGAAGGUGAUGAAGACCAGAAAUGCCUCUAGAUGUGCCGAGUCAGGUGGGUUUGUGCUCUGGCAGAUGAGUCCGGACAUGUGGUAUGUAGAGCUUGCGGUGGGUGGCAGCAAGGUUCAUGCCGGUUGCAAUGGGAAGCUUGUCUGGAGGCAUACACCGUGGCUUGGUGCUCAUACUGCGAAAGGACCAGUGAGACCCUUGCGUCGGGCACUUCAGGGUCUAGAUCCAAGAUGUACGGCUAGUAUGUUCACUGAUGCAAGAUGUAUAGGAGAGAGGAAGAUCAAUGGUGAGGAUUGCUUCAUCCUCAAGCUUUGUGCUGAUCCUCAGACUCUGAAGGCCAGGAGUGAAGGCCCUGCCGAGAUCAUAAGGCAUGUGUUGUUUGGUUACUUCAGCCAGAAAACAGGGCUUCUUGUUCAUAUGGAGGAUUCACAUCUGACCCGCAUCCAAUCCAAUGGUGGCGAUGCUGUUUACUGGGAAACCACAAUCAAUUCAUUCCUUGAUGAUUACAGGCCUGUUGAAGGAAUCAUGAUUGCACACUCAGGGCGUUCCGUGGUAACCCUAUUCAGGUUUGGUGAAAUGGCAAUGAGCCAUACCAAAACAAGGAUGGAAGAAGCUUGGACAAUUGAGGAGGUUGCAUUUAAUGUUCCAGGUUUGUCAAUGGAUUGCUUCAUCCCCCCAGCUGACUUAAGAUCGGGGACAAUCAGUGAAGCGAGCGAGCUUCCACAUGAUGAAAGGGGAAAGGGUGGUGGGAUUGCAGUAGCAGCACAUCGGGCCAAAGUUGCUGCACUGGAGAAAGAGCACAAUGCUAAUGUUGAUAGCCUGACCUGGAAGAUGGAAGUCUAACAAGGGGCUGCACUUAAUUAGGGCAAUUGUUUAUACUGGUAGCGAGUUUAAAUCAGCUAACACCUUAGAAGUUUACAAAGUAGGAGUUGCGUCGCGUUUUUUGACGUUGGUUUUAUGCCUCUUAAUCUGUAAAUAGAGCAUAAUUAUUCACAGGGUUCA